GCUCCCUAACUUCCGGCUACAGGCCUGGGCUCGCGCAUGCGCCUGGGGAGCCAGGUGUGGUGUUCCGCACGCGAGUCUGCACGCGGCGGAAAGAAAUGGAGGACUCCGCUUCAACACCACCCGCAGCCUCAACCGCAACCCCAGCCUCAACCGCAACUCCAGCCUCGACCUCAGCAACCCCGGCCGCACUAGGGCAGCUGGAUGAAGAGCAGACCAGAAAGGCAGUGAAAACUCUGUUGACCCAUUCCAGGUCCAGGAAAAACGCGAAUGGAUUGCUUUUGAAUGAGAAUGAAAAUUUCUUUUUAAUGGUGGUAUUAUGGAAAAUUCCAAGUAAAGAACUGAGGGUCAGAUUGCCCUUGCCUCAUGGUAUUCGAUCAGAUUUAGCAGAUGUCUGCUUAUUUACUAAGGACGAACCCAAUGCAACUCCUGAAAAGACGGAACAUUUUUAUAAGAAGCUUCUAAACAAGCAUGGAAUAAAAACCAUUUCUCAGAUUAUCCCCCUCCGAACUUUAAAAAAGGAGUAUAAAGCCUAUGAGGCCAAGCUCCGCCUCCUGGGUAGUUUCGACUUGUUCCUUUCUGAUGCAAGAAUCCGGCGGCUCUUACCCUCACACCUCGGGAGACAUUUCUAUAAGAGAAAGAAAGUUCCAAUACCUGUCAAUCUGAAAGCCAAGAAUCUUUCCCAAGAAAUCAACUCAUCAAUAGGUGGAACUGUCUUAAACAUCUCUAAAAGUGGUUCUUGCAGCACUAUCCGCAUCGGUCACACUGGAAUGCAGGUUCAGCACAUCAUCGAAAACAUUCUUGCUGUUACGAAAAAGCUUUCACAGAAAUUGCCAGAGAAGUGGGAGAGUGUGAAACUCUUGUACGUGAAAACUGAGAGAUCAGUUUCCCUUCCUAUCUUUUCUUCAUUUGUCAGCAGUUGGGGUGAAGCUAAAGGAGUGAACAUUUCUAAACUGAAGAAAGAAGAAGCAAAGAGAAUAUUAAAACUAAAAGAAAAAACGAGACGAAAGGAGAAGAAAAGAAACAGAAAGCCUAUGAAACGGGGUAGAAAGUCUACAUCAGCCCUACCUACAGAGGAGACGGCCUCUAAAACUUGUGGUUCUCCAGUGAAGGGCCCUGGACCCCAGAAGAAAGGGACCCCUAAGCCUGAGAAGAAAGAGACCUGCAGAAUAAAAACCGAAAAUAAAGUGCAAGUUGAAUCUGAAGAAGAAAUCCCAUUGCUGGUCCCAAUAGGAGAAGCUCCUGCCAAAGAAAAUGUAGAGAUGCAAAAACAUGCCACAGGAGAGAACUCUCCAGUAAAGAGUCCUGGUUCCAACCCACCUCGUGGGAAGAAGAGAAAGGCCUUUCCAGCUUUGGAGAUGCCGAAAGCACCAGAGCCCAAGACCCCAGGUAAAGGCCCAGGGAAGAAGCCAAGAGUCAAAGAAGAAGUGGAGAAGCAAAGAAACUCUCCUUUGGGGAAAAAAGACCCAAGACAGACGCCCAAAAAGCCAGAGGCCAAGUUCUUCACUACAGCUAAUAAAUCUGCAAGAAAAGCUUCCCACACCCCCAAACAGUGGCCCUAAAAACCCAAAGUGCCCCAGCCGACCUAAAGUCAGUGACUUGGCCAGGAGGAAACAUCAGAGCUGCCUGGAAAGCUUUUGACAAAUACCCGGGUCCUGACCCCUGUCACAGCCUUCUUUCUCCAAUAUUGAGACCUGGACUUAAAACCUCACCAGUGAUUCUGAUGUAUGUUUGUGGGUGUAAGAACCAGUAGUUUGAAUAAUCCAUUUUUUAAAUUGUUCUUUCAUGUAUUAUUAGGUAAUAUAAUAGAAAUUACAGUGCUUUUAUUAAAGUGUAACAUUUGCUUCUGAGUAAACUAUUCCGUAUCUUGUUA